UUCGAACGAUUCACUCAUAAGCUUCAAGUUUCGAUUUCAUUUCGUGUUUAGAACAUCUCUGAAUCCUGAAAAUUGCUUUUGAUUUCCUUUGAAUUCUUCUUCUUCUUCUUCUUCUUCUUCUGAUUCUUCUGAUUCUUCAUCCAUGGAGUGUAGAUCGUUAGAUAUCAACAUCAAGAAUGCCAAAGGCCUAAAGAAUGUCAAUCUCUUCUCAACGAUGGAUGUCUACGCCGUCGUUUCGAUCUCUGGUGAUCCGCGCGGGAAAUUGAAGCAGAAGACUCCCGUGGCUAAUGACGGAGGCUCGGAUCCUCACUGGAAUUUUGCUAUGAAGUUCACAAUCGAUGAGGCUGCUGCACAGAGUAAUCGGCUGAAUUUGAAGAUCAAACUCGUUUCCGAACGGAGUUUAGGUGAUAAGAAGAUCGGGAAGGUUAUUGUUCCGAUUAAGCAAUUGCUCGAUGAAUGUGCCAAAGGAGAUGAAGGAAACUCCGAGAGAACGGUCAGUUUUGGCGUUAGGACGGCUAGCGGAAAGGAAAAAGGUAACGUCGAAUUUUCGUAUAAAUUUGGGGAAAAAUACACUGUUCAGGCACCGCCGCCUCCGCCGGUGAUGAAAACCGGCGAGGCAGUAGCGGCAUAUCCCCAAGGUUAUGCUGGAUCUAGUUCUGGAUAUCCGGCUGGAGGUGCUUAUCCGCCUCCAGCAGGGAGCGCUUAUGCGUAUCCGCCUCCACCGCAAGGGAACGGAUAUCCACCUCCUCCACCGCAAGGGUACGGAUAUCCACCUGCUCCACAGGCUGGAUAUGCGUACGGCGGUUACCCGCCGCAGUCAGGAUACGGAUAUCCGCCGGUUCAACAACAACAUAAGCCGCAGAAGAGCGGUAUUGGCGGCAUGGCUUUGGGAGCCGGAGCUGGUCUGGUUGGAGGUUUGUUGAUCGGCGAUAUGAUUUCCGAUAUAGGUGAUUCGGCUGAUGCUGGUUUUGGCGAUGGCUUUGAUUUCUAAGACUCUGCUUCUUCUUCUCCUCUACUCUUCAUUUUCUUCAAGCUUAUGAUUAAGGAACCUAUUAUAAUAAAUUAGGAGUGUUUUUCUGUUAGAAAUGAUCUUCAGUUGUUUGAAUUUUCACUUUUUGUUUUGAUGAUAGCUUCCAUUUCUAAGC